UUCCAGAGGGAUCCUGUCUAAAGCCCCCUCUUUUUUACCGUUCAGGUAUAUAAAGCAGGACAAGGCCCACCAAGCUUCACCACACAACAACUGCAGCCCAGCUCAUUCACUCACAGCACAGGAGCCCCCUUUCUCCUAUUAUUAUAAACAGUCCUUGGGUGUGUGUUUUCUAAAAGUUGACCAUCACUCGCACACAUCCUUCGACACCAACAAAAGGCAAAUCAAGCAGAGCCCAUCCACCUGAGCAAGCGAGCAAUCUCUCAUCUCAGCUCAUCGAAGCCUAGCUCUCAGGAACAGCAGCAGCAACAAGAACUCAGUUCAGACUUCUAGCCAAGUCGGGCCAAGCUAAACCACCACCACCACCACUACCGCCAUGGAUAUUUCCAUUCAGCACCCCUGGUUCAGACGGGCCAUGAACUCCCUGUACCCGGGCCGGCUCUUCGACCAGUUCUUCGGGGAGGGCCUGUUUGACUACGACAUGUUCCCCUUCGCCUCCUCCACCAUCAGCCCCUUCUACCGCCAGUCGCUCUUCCGCAACUUCGGCGAUUACUCCAACUCGGGGAUCUCAGAGGUGCGAUCUGACCGGGACAGGUUCAGUAUCUACCUGGACGUGAAGCACUUCUGCCCAGAAGAGCUGAAUGUGAAGGUGGCGGAUGACUAUGUGGAGAUCCACGGCAAGCAUGCAGAGAGACAGGAUGACCACGGCUACAUCUCGCGGGAGUUCCACCGCCGCUACCGCCUCCCCGCCAACGUGGACCAGGGCUCCAUCACCUGUUCGCUGUCGGCCAACGGCAUGCUGACGGUCUGCGGCCCCAAGAACAGCUCUGGCUCUGGCGAUGCCUUACGCUCCGGCGACCGCAGCAUCCCCGUGGUGCGUGAGGAAAAGACCAACGCUGCGCCUUCCUCCUAGACAGCCCACCAUGGGCUAGGCUAGAC